CUUAUCUAUGUCUAUAGCUUAAUUCGGUAUUCAGAAUGGUUUUAAAAUUAGAAAUAAUAUGGCUGUUUAAAUUUAUUUGCUUUAAUCAAAUAAUAAUUAAUGCUGUUCAUGUGCCAGGACCAGGACCAGGAUUUAGUAAUGUUUCAUCUUCAUCAACUUUAUUAUUUAGUAAUAAUUUUUCAUCACAAUAUGGUGGCAUUUUUCAAAAACGACGGAAUUCAGAUGGUGAUGGUACUUCGCAAAUGCAAUCACGUUCUGUCGAUACACGAGUUCAAUUAGAAGUUCUCGAAGGACUUCCGCGUGGUACGGUUGUCGGUUUUAUACCAACGAAACCCGGUUUUACAUAUCGUUUCAAUGAGCCACCACGAGAAUUUGUUUUAGAUCAAAAUACUGGUGAAAUUAAAACUAAUAUUAUAUUGGAUCGAGAAGAUGUUCAAGAUCGUUAUGAUCUUGUUGUAUUAUCAAGUCAACCAACAUAUCCAAUUGAAGUUCGAAUAACGGUAUUAGAUAUUAAUGAUAAUGCACCAGUAUUUCCAGAACCAAGUAUUGCUGUAUCAUUUUCUGAAAGUGCAGCACCAGAAACAAGAGUAUUAUUAGAUGCAGCAACUGAUCGUGAUAUUGGCAAAAAUAGUGUUACAGAUGAUUAUAGAAUUGUUGAUGGAAAUCAUGAUGAAAAAUUUCGUUUAGCUGUUUCAACAAAUCCUUCAGGUGAUGUUUCAUAUUUACAAUUAGAAACUACAGGAAAGCUUGAUCGAGAAACUCAAAGUUUUUACCAAUUGAAUAUAUCUGCACGUGAUGGUGGAGAUUUAUAUGGGUAUUUACAAGUUAAUGUAACAAUACUUGAUGUUAAUGAUAACCCACCAAUAUUCGAUCAUAGUGAUUAUGUAGUUUCACUAAAUGAAAGCGUGCAACCGGGAACACCUGUUCUUCAAGUAAUGGCUUCUGAUAAAGAUCUUGGAGAUAAUAGUAAAAUAACAUAUUAUCUGUCAGAUAGUGAAAUGCAAUUCACUGUUGAUCCAGAAACAGGUGUGAUUUCUACUACUCAAAGGUUAAAUUGCCAAAAUUGCCAGCCAUAUGCCAAAAAGGAAGGAAGCUGUACUAAAAGUUGCGUUUUUACUGUUUUUGCACGAGAUCACGGUCAACCCAAACAAGAUGGUCGAACUUACGUUACCGUUAAUUUAUUGGAUACAAAUGAUCAUGAUCCAAUUAUUAGAUUUCAAUAUUUUCCACCUACCGGGAACUUUGCUACUGUUGACGAAAAUGCAGUGAAUGGAAGUGUGGUGGCUGCUGUUUCUGUUGAAGAUAGAGAUGAAGGUUUAAAUGGUCAAACAGAUAUACAAAUAAUAUCCGGUAACGAAUUACAACAUUUUCGUUUAGAAAAUAAUCCCAGUUUUGAUAUUGUUCGUGUAAAUGGUGUACUUGAUCGGGAAGAAAUCAGCAAAUACAAUUUAACUGUGGUAGCCACAGACAAAGGUUCCCCACCAAGAACUUCCACGGCUUAUUUAAUAAUACAUGUUAACGAUGUUAAUGAUCACGAACCAGUUUUUGAAAAAUCUGAAUAUUCAGCCAUUUUAAGUGAACUUUCUCCUUUAGGCACCUAUGUUGCAAGUAUAACUGCUACUGAUGAAGAUACCGGUGUUAAUGCCCAAAUUUAUUAUGAUUUUGUUUCGGGAAAUACAAAACAAUGGUUUUUAAUAGAUCACUAUUCCGGCUUAAUAACAACACAAGCUACAUUAGAUCGUGAGGUUCAAGGUACAGUUGUAAUGAAUAUAUCCGCACAUGAUGGAGGUCCAAAUCCGAAAUGGGCUUAUUCUCAAUUAAAAGUAAAUAUUUUAGAUGAAAAUGAUGAAGCACCUAAAUUUUCACAGUCACAAGUAAAUAUAACAUUGACUGAAAAUUUACCACCACAAACUGUUGUUGCAAUGCUAACAGCUACUGAUCAUGAUCAAGGUACAAAUGGUAGUGUUACAUACUCGCUAUCCCCUUUGGUCAAACAGAAAUAUUCUGACAUGUUUGGUAUUGAUAUGCUAACUGGUCAAUUAAUAACUAAGGCGAAACUAGAUCGUGAAAAGAAUGCAUUUUAUGAAAUUUUAGUUAUAGCCAAAGAUCAAGGUAAUCCUCAGCAAUCAUCUACUGCAACUGUAUAUUUAAAUAUUGGGGAUAUAAAUGAUAAUGAGCCCGAAUUUUAUCCAAAACAUUAUUUUGUUAGUUUGCCGGACGAUGCGAGCAAUGGCAAAAAAUUAGUAAAAGUAACAGCUACUGAUAAAGAUGAAGGUGAUAAUGCUUUAAUUACCUAUAGUUUAGAAAAUGAUGCAGAUGGAUUGUUUGCAAUAGAUGGUAUUAGUGGUGAAAUUACCUUACGCAAAAAUUUUCGUAAUGUACAGAAAUCUUCAUAUACAUUAACAGUUCUAGCAAAAGAUAGAGGUGAUAGAAAAGCUCACAAAAAUGCUAUAGUCGAAGUAAUUAAAAAAUCACAAAUGGAAAUCUUAGAUUUUGAUUCACAUUUGGGAUAUAAUUUUAAUAUAAUGGAAGAUGAUAGUAAUGAAUCUCCAAGUAUUGGUCGUGAAGUGGGAAAAGUUCAAAUUAAACCUGACUCUCAGAUACGAUUAAACUCCGGUUUUCCAAGUAAUUCCGGUCUUGAAUAUUUAAUCACGUAUGGUGAUCCAUUGGAAAAUUUUGAAAUAAGUAAAUAUGGUGGAGUUAUAACAACUGCCAAGCAUAUUGACCGAGAAGAAAUUUCUAAUUAUAGCGUUACAGUUGUAGCAAGGGCUGGAGUAAUCUUUGCACAAACAACUGUUAAUAUUUCAAUUGGAGACUUAAAUGAUAAUGCUCCAAUUUUUACACAAGAUUUUGAAGAUAUAUAUUUACCAGAAAAUAUGGCUGUUGGUCAAGAAAUACAUAUUUGUAAAGCAAUUGACCGUGACUCCGGUGUUAAUAGUAAAAUAACAUACAGUAUAAUUUAUAAUCCGAAUGAUCAAUUUAAAAUAGGUAAAACAUCUGGUGUGAUGUAUUUGAAUAGACCUUUACAAUCUGAUCCUGGUACAAUAUUGCAUGUUGAAUUACAAGCAACUGACAGUGGUAAGCCGAACAGAUUAUCAAAAACAACUGUUAUGUUUACGAUUACUGAUGUUAAUGACCAUACUCCAGUAUUUGAUCACACGUCCUAUGAAACAUCAUUAUUAGAAGGUACAUCAGUUAAUACUAGAUUUUUUGCUUUAUCAGCUUCCGAUGCUGAUUUGGGAUCAAAUGGCAAAGUAGAUUAUUUUAUACUUGAAGGCAAUUCUGAAGAUAAAUUUGGUAUAUUUCCUGAUGGUUACUUAUAUGUUAAAUCAGAGCUUGAUCGCGAAGAAAAAGACUAUUAUUCUUUAACAGUAAUAUGUAAAGAUCAUGGAAUUCCACCGAGAUCAUCAAUUGUGCCACUAAUUAUACAUGUAAUUGAUGAAAAUGAUAAUGCACCAAAAUUUUCAAAUUCAACUUUUGUAUAUUCGAUACCGGAAAAUGAACCAGCCGAUUCAUUUGUCGGAAAAUUAACGGCACAUGAUAAUGAUAUCGGACGUAACGCUGAAUUAACAUAUUUUUUAGCUUCAAAUGAACUUGACUUUUCAAUUGAUUCAAGAAAUGGCUUCAUUAAAACUCUUCAUACAUUUGAUAGAGAAGAAUUAGUUAAAAAGAAUGGUCAUAACUAUUUAGAAUUUGAAGCGGUUGUAAGUGAUAAUGGUAAUAAUAGACUAAUUGAUAAAGUUAAAGUAAAAGUUUUCAUUACGGAUGUUAACGAUAAUCCACCGAAAUUUGUUAGAGCACCAUAUAAAGUUCAAAUAUCAGAAGGUUCCAAUGUUGGUUCUCCAGUUAUACAUGUAUUUACAAUUGAUUUAGAUGAGGGAUUGAAUGGUGAUGUAUAUUAUAAUAUUGAAAAUGGUAAUCAAGAUGGAAAAUUUAGUUUGGAUAGUGCAACUGGACAAAUUAGUAUUGCUUCAAAAUUAGAUCGCGAAACUAAAUCAAUUUAUAAAUUGAUAAUUGUAGCACGUGAUGCUAGCUUAGAAACCCAACUUAGUAGUUCAGCAACAGUAACAAUUGAAGUUUUAGAUGAAAAUGAUGUUGCACCCGAAUUUCUACAAACUAAUACAGAAAUUUUUGUUAAAGAAACUACAGCAAUCGGUACUGAACUUAUGCAUUUUAAAGCAACUGAUUCUGAUUUAGGUAUUAAUAGUCAGGUGACAUUUUCGAUAUCAGCCGGUAAUCGUAAAGAUACAUUUCAUAUUGAUAAUAAAUCUGGUUCAUUAUAUUUACAUAAAACACUUGAUUAUGAAGAUACACAAUCAUAUUCAUUAAAUAUAACAGCAUCAGAUGGUGGUAAUCCAAAAUUAUCAUCAACAAUAAUAUUUACAGUUCAUAUAUUAGAUGAAAAUGAUAAUCCACCAAGUUUUCCAAAUACAGCUAUAGUACGUCAAAUACGUGAAGGAAUACCAAUUAAAACACCAAUUGUUACAAUUAAUGCUGAAGAUCCUGAUUCUGGUUUAAAUGGAAAAGUUUCUUAUUAUAUAUCAAAACAAGAACCCGAAGAUAAUUUACGACAUUUUGAAAUAAAUUCAACAACUGGUGUUAUAUAUACUUUAAAGAAAAUUGAUAGAGAAACAAUUGAUACAUUUCGAUUAACAGUUGUAGCAAUUGAUCAAGCUGAAAAUAUUCCAAAAGAUUUAGAUUCAAGUACAAAUGGUUUAGUUACAUAUGAAAUGGUUAAUGGUAAUUCAGAAUUAUUUAAAUUAAAUCGUAAUACUGGUGCAAUAACAUUACAAAAAACAAUUGAUAAACCAGAAAUACGUUAUCAAUUAGCAAUAAAAGCAACCGAUGAAGCUGUACAAAAUGAACUACUUGAAAAUGAACCACCUGGUACAAGUAUAUUGACGGUCAAUGCUCGUAUUAAUUCAGAUGAUGAUGCAAUUGAAUAUUAUAUAACAAAUGUAACAAGCUUUAAUGGUAAUAAACAAGUUGAACGUUUAUUUGAAAUUGAUACAAAACUUGGUAUACUAUCGACAGCAAAUGAAUUGGAUCGUGAAUGUGGUAUUGAUACUUAUAUUAUUGAAGUAUAUGCUGUUGCUAUCGGUGAUGAACCAAGAAUUGCUAAUACCAAAACGCACAAAGUGCUGCUAUCAGAAUGUACAGUGAAAUCAUCAUCAUUUAAUGAAGAUGGAAAAGAAAAUGGUGGUGAGUUACUAAAGGUUAGAGUUACUGAGAUUUUUACUACGACAAGGAGUAUUAAAAAAUAA